AUGGAACGACCUAUGUGCCCACCUGCCAAUUGGGAAGGAAUGUACCCCCUAGCUAAUGAGCAAGCGAUCGGACAGUGGGCGUAUAAAAUUUGUCAGAACACAUUAAGUGCGGUGGGCGCUCUAACAGUGGGAGGUAAAGUUGCUGUUGAAGGGGGGGAGGACGACUCAAACUACUGCCUUGACGGCCCCGGUGGGCGAGUGAGUGCCAACGAUGGCCUUAUAGAAGCAGUUAUUGUCGGCUUACGUGCAGAUUUGGAAGCAGUUGGGCAGUCCGCGCGAUGGGAGCGUAUCGCCACGAACCUCAUGAUAUCCCACAUGGCUGGAUAUACCACCCGCGAUCUCCUCUCCGCAAACAUAAACAAGCGAGACAACUGGACAACAGAUUUGGUUUUGGCGGAUAUACACAGGCAGCACUGCAAGCCGAUUGCAAAGAAAUCACCGCCCGCACUCGAACCCAAUUGGACUCGUGAGGCACUUACAGCGGUCGGGAUCCAAAAUCACGCAGUCUUAACCCCCACUAUAUUCAGUGUAUGGCUCUGGUGGACACAUGCCAUAGGAGCACUGGAUCCGGAUGCCUUGGACCUGACUACUACUGCCCUGAGUGAGAUGGUGGCGCUUGACGACUGGGGGCUGGGUCGAGGUGGCUGGUCUAUUGCUGACCAGGGGAGACUUUUUCUUGCGUGUGCGCAGAUCAACCGGUGCCUCACCUUCGUGCACGCCUUGCGCGGUGACAUUGAACGCGCAAGCAUGCAUCUCGCGGGGAACACAUACUGUUCCCUAAACGUGAAAGUUGAACAGCUGUUAAAGUUGCUCAGAAUGCAGAGGACUGAUAUUGACGGCGGACGUGUAGCUGCUGAGGCUGACAAUGGAUUCUACUACCGAAUUGAGUGUGCUACUGUUUGCACUUUGGGGACCCGCCUGUUUUGUGCCACAACUAACACCAUUGCUGCUAUACCCACAAAUUGGAAUGACCUGGUCGACCUAGCAACAGACUACUGGGCGAAGGAACCCCGUAAUGCUGUAUGGAAUACCGUUGUCUAUCACGGAAUUACUCUUGAGGCAGCAGCAAACCUGGUUUUCUCCACUGCGGUUGAAGUCGGAGAGUGCUCAAUGAGGUCUCGCGACUCAGGGGGAAUCUCGCAUGUCUUCGUGAGCAUUUAUCCAUGGCAUGUACUUUGUCUACGAUACAAUGUGCUUAGGCGGUACAUCGAUUCUGCAGUAAUACCGAAGUCCCAAUUUCCAACACUCUCACACAUUCUUGAACCGGACUCCGCGGGCUCAGAAGCCAGAAACCAAGGAGCUGUGACAGGUACAAUGCUCAGCGCAAGAUGUGCUGGCUGUUGCAUUAACGACUACCGCGAGUUGUAUGACAACUGUGGGUCAUGCCAAAAGGGCGACUCAUUGGUUAGAAACGGUCAAACUACCCAGCCAGGGAUACGUUCAGAGCUAUCGCAGCCAUGCAGCACUAUACACUACCCGGAGUGUCCUGCGCCGAAAACAUACGCCUACAUUGAGUACUCAGCAGGUCCCCAGGGAAUGGAGAGGAUAUCCAAGUCCGCCAAGGUUAAUAGAUGCUCGGGCAGCUGCUUGAACCCUGAGCACUACGCUGUGGCCGAAAUCAGUGUACGUGGGGAUGUUGCGGCAAUGACUAGAUUACACUGGCUAGUUUUGGAGCCUAUGCGGCUGCGCAAGACACUAAAGACAGCGAUUAGUAACGCAGAUAGCACCAACACAGCAACAUACUCAGUCCAACAGCAACUCGAGGGGAUAAUAUUAGAAGACGCGAAACUUAUGGGAACAAAUCAAUUUAAACCGUGCACACUUUACACGUUCACGACUUACGCCGCCCAUUACAUACACCCCUCAAUACCAAUGGGAGCAGCAAUGGCAGCGAUUUUAGAAGUCAUAUCUGGUCAACGACCCCCCCCGGACGGUGGCGAUAAGGAGCUGCCUCUGUAA